AAUCAAAUGGCUGAAAAGAAGGAAAACUAAACCAACCACUAGAGUUGAAGACUCCACACCGCUAAAACUAGUUAAGCGCCGCAUCACGUUCAACAUGAAGGAAUACGAAUGCCAUAACCCGACCCCAGAUCUUCUCUUUUAUUAGUAACGGCUCGUACGCCUCUCAGCUCAGAUCCCCUUUCAUUCUAAGUCUACGCUUUGUUUUCUCUCCUCUUUGUCUCCCGCCAACCACCCCCUUAUCUCACUGUGAGUUAUUGUUUUCCGAGCCAUCUUCACGCCGGAGUCGAGCUCCACCUGGGUCCCAUUUGUGCGAACGCGCAAAGGACCUUCUCUAACUCGGUCGUGCGACAAUCCCCCUCUUAGCGACUUAACGACCCAACGCGCACGAGUCGCAUGUAACACCCUCGGCAAACAUCAGACGGCCAGCCCCUAUCGACUUGCGGAUAGAAUUCUUGAGAAAAGGGGUCUAUAUUAAUUGAUUGCCUGUCCCGUUCUUUCAUUGACACGAAGGAACCGACCGCAGGCCGCCUGAGGAAAUACCGACCUUGCCAAAUUAUCAACAUGGGAGAAAGCGCACAACGCCCGUCGUCAGGGCCAGGGCCAGUUGGGAAGAACUUUUCAUGGAUUCUGUUAACGGCACAGUACACUACAUUUGUGCUGUUAUUACACUAUUCACGGGUGAUGCCGCCAACUGAUGGCAAGCGAUAUCUCACGUCUACUGCGGUUUUUUUUAACGAGGUUGUGAAACUUGCCAUCUCCCUUACCAUAGCAUUAUACGAAGUUUCCAAAACGGCGCCCCCAUCAGUUCCUGCGACAUCCCUUUUCUUCUCCCUCACGGCUGCUGUUUUCUCUGGUGACAGUUGGAAACUCGUAAUCCCCGCAAGCCUCUAUACACUUGCAAAUUCGUUACAAUACGUCGCUCUUUCGAAUUUGCAGGCGGCACCCUUCCAAGUAACAUACCAGCUGAAACUCAUUGCAACCGCCAUUUUUAGCGUGAUUUUACUGAACAGGAACAUCUCACUGCGCAGGUGGGGGUUGCUGUUGCUCCUCCUGGUGGGCGUUGGGCUUGUGCAGAUACCCAUUAGCAGUUCCGGGGAUGUUUCUCUCCAAGAUGAGGCAGCCGCCCAUCAUGCCUUUCCGCGGUCGCUGGAAGAAUGGAAGGCCUCCAAGCUGGAUCGGCCAAAUCUCCAUAAACGUUCGGCAACGUAUGAGGGCAUUGAGGAGGACAUGAUGACCGCCUUUCCGCGAAUGAAUGCAGUUGUUGGUCUCUUAGCGACUCUUGGCGCGUGCGUCGCAUCCAGCCUUGCCGGUGUAUAUUUCGAAAAGGUACUGAAGGAUAGUGCAAAGUCGACCUCGCUUUGGGUACGUAACGUCCAACUGGCCGUUUACUCUGUAUUCCCCGCACUUUUCAUUGGUGUUGUCUUCUUGGACGGCGAAAAGAUUGCCGCCAACGGCUUCUUCGGGGGGUAUAAUUGGGCCGCCUGGUCUACCGUGGUUGCUCAGGCAAUCGGAGGGAUUGCAACAUCCUUCUGUAUUGGCCAUGCAUACCGAGAUGCGAAGAAUGUUGCUACUGCUACCAGCAUCUUUCUCACUACGUUAGGAAGUACCUGGCUAUUUGAGUUUGAGCUCACUGGUAAUUUUAUCCUCGGAACGUUUGCAGUGCUUGUGGCUACCUAUCUUUGCGAAGACCCGAGUUCGACUUCCAGUACCGGCAAGCGCCAGGGGCCUCGCCCGCCUCCGAUUCGCAUCGACCAGUAUGAGAAAGAAUCCAAAAGCGAUGAAGUUUCACCCGCGUCCCCUCCACGGAACGAAUUUUCGAUCAAACUCCCCGGAACGCCGUUCCUGUCUGAUGCCGGCCUGUCGACCUCUAGGCCUACAUCACCAGGCCAUGUUAGGGUUAAUGCAGCUCGGACCGCCAGCGGUGGCUAUUUCGAUAAGCAGCUACGAGACCAGUGAUUUGACGAUACGGAUACGAACUCAGAUUUGCAUGCAGUGUGUAUACUACGCUUUGCGUUUUGACCAAGUCCUAUGGGAAGUAAAUAAGCAUGGAUAGAAGCGAAGCGUUUUUUGUUUCAUCUUUAACGUCGACAUAUUUCUCGUGUAUGUGGCUUUUGUUUCUGUCCUGUUUUCUACCAUCUUCGUCUCUCAUCUUCUCUCCUCCCCACCCCUUUCUUUUUUUUUUUUUUUUUCUAAAA